AUGGCUGAAACACGUAGAUCCGAUGAAAAUUAUCCAGGUUUGAACAAUGCAGUAGAUAGUGCAUUCUACAUGUUAGAGGAUAUUAUCAUGCAUACGGACAACAAUGCAGAGAGAGAAGCAGCUACAGAAGCCCUGCACGAUGUUGAGAACCUAGAGGAUGAUGUUGCACAAUACGAUGAUUUCCAUCCAGUAAAUAUGGUAGAAGAACAAAACGAUGACAGUGGGAAUAGCAGUAAUAAUAGUGCUACUAACGGUGAUACCAGUCAACAAGAUGUAAAUAGUAGUAUAAUAAACACCGAAUGCAUAACUAUGUAUUACGAGACGUUUCGUACAAUAUCUUAG